AUGGCAGGUGCUAAGAUUUUGAACCAGCUUAUAGAAUUUGAAAUCACACUUGCAUCUACGGAAAGUGAAGAUAAAGACUGUAGUACAACGAAACAAUGUAACUCGUCAUCAGAAAGUUACUCUUCCUCAGGAAGUAAAGAAACUGAUUGCAAUUCAACAGACAGUUGCGACAGUUCAUCCGAAAGUAAAGAGAAAAGCUCUAUUGGUUCAAAAAUCUGUGACGAAUCUGCCGAAAUUAAGGAUUUAGAAAGCAAAGAGAAGAUCUGCGAAGACCCAACAAGUUGUGCCAUUUCAUCAGAAAGUAAUUCACACGAAUGUAUACUGUCGAAAAAUUGCGAUUCCUCACCGGAAAUAGAAGAACAAAAAUGUAAAUCAUCACAGAGCUGUCAUAGUUCAUCAGAAGGUAAUGAAUACUCCUGCGAAAAAUCUAAAUCAUGCGGCAGCCAUAAUAAAGAAUGUGGCUCAUCUACGGAAAGUAAACAAAUCAGCUGCAAUUACAACUCUACAGAUAAAACACCAACUGCAACUUCAGUAACCGAACAUAAUCCUACCCCACAAACAACUAAGAAAUUGACGGAACUGUCAACUGAAAUUCAUCUCACAACACUUCGCCAGACAACUGGCUCUGGAAUCUCAACGACAAAGAAAUCUAUAGAAGAGUUGUCAACUGAAACACCUUUGAAAACAAUUCCAAAGACAACCGGCUCAGGAAAGGUAGAAACUACAAGAUCUGGAAUGUCUACAACAGAAGAAUUUUCAGAGGAAUUGUCAACUGAAACACCUUUGACCACAAUUUUACAGAUAACUGGAAAAGGUGAUGUAGAAAUUACUAGAUCUGAAACAGAAGAAUCUACAGAAGAGUUGUCAACUUAUACACCUUUGACCACUAUUCCACAGACAACUGGCUCAGGUGAUGUAAAAACUACUAUAUCUGGAAUGUCUACAACAGAAGAGAUUACAACUGAAACACCUUUGACAACAAUUCGACAGACAACUGCCUCAGGUGAUGUAGAAAGUACUGUAUCUGGAAUGACUACGACAGGAGAGUUGUCAACUGAAAAACCUUUGACCUCAAUUCCUCCGACAACUGGCACAGUUGAUAUAGAAACUAGCAUAUCUGAAAUGUCUACGACAGGAGAGUUGUCAACUGAAACACCUUUGACCAGAAUUCCACAGACAACAGGCCUAGGUGACGUAGAGACUACAAGAUCUGGAAUGUCUACAACAGAGGAAUAUUCAGAAGAGUUGUCAACUGAAACACCUUUGACCACAAUUCCACAGACGUAUGACCGAGGUGAUGUAGAAAAAACCAGAUCUGGAAUGUCAACGAUAGAAAUAUCUACAGAAGAGUUGUCAACUGAAACACCUUUGACCACAACGACAAAGAAAUCUAUAGAAGUGUUGUCAACUGAAACACCUUUGAUAACAAUUCCAAAGACAACCGGCUCAGGAAAGGUAGAAACUACAAGAUCUGGAAUGUCUACAACAGAAGAAACUUCAGAGGAAUUGUCAACUGAAACACCUUUGACCACAAUUUUACAGACAACUGGAAAAGGUGAUGUAGAAAUUACUACAUCUGAAACAGAAGAAUCUACAGAAGAGUUGUCAACUUAUACACCUUUGACCACAAUUCCACAGACAACUGGCUCGGGUGAUGUAAAAACUACUAUAUCUGGAAUGUCUACAACAGAAGAGAUUACAACUGAAACACCUUUGACAACAAUUCGACAGACAACUCCCUCAGGUGAUGUAGAAAGUACUGUAUCUAAAAUGACUACGACAGGAGAGUUGUCAACUGAAAAACCUUUGACCUCAAUUACUCAGACAACUGGCACAGGUGAUAUAGAAACUAGUGUAUCUGGAAUGUCUACGACAGGAGAGUUGUCAACUGAAACACCUUUGACCAGAAUUCCACAGACAACAGGCCCAGGUGAUGUAGAGACUACAAGAUCUGGAAUGUCUACGAUAGAGGAAUAUUCAGAAGAGUUGUCAACUGAAACACCUUUGACCACAAUUCCACAGACGUCUGGCCGAGGUGAUAUAGAAACUACCAGAUCUGGAAUGUCUACGAUAGAAAUAUCUACAGAAGAGUUGUCAACUGAAACACCUUUGACCACAACUGGAAUGUCUGCGACAAAAUUAUCUACACAAGAGUUGUCAACAGAAACACCUUUGACUACAAUUGCACAGAUAACUGGCUCAGGUGAUGUAGAAACUACCAGAUCUGGAAUGUCUACGACAGAGGUAUAUUCAGAGGAGUUUUCAACUAAAACACCUUUGACCACAAUUCCACAGACGUCUGUCCGAGGUGAUGUAGAAACUACUAUAUCUGGAAUGUCUACGACAGAAGAGUUGUCAACUGAAACACCUUUGAACACAAUUCCAAAGACAACUGGGUCAGGCGAUGUAGAAACUACCAGAUCUGAACUGUCUACGACAGAGGAAUAUUCAGAAGAGUUGUCAACUGAAACACCUAUGACCACAAUUCCACAGAUGUCUGGCCGAAGUGAUGUAAAAACUAGUAUAUCUAGAACGUCUACGACAGAAGAGUUGUCAACUGAAAAACCUUUGACCACAAUUUCGCAGACAACUGGCCAAGGUGAUGUAGAAACUACAAGAUCUAGCAUUGACCACAAUUUCACAUGCAACUGGCCCAGGUGA